AAGGGAGAAGCCCCGGCCUGUCUCCAGGACUGCUGGGGCAGGCUGUCUGCAUGAGGAGCAGCUGGAGCUGGAAGAGCACAAUGUGCCAUGGUUGUGAUAAAGGUGGUUGCAGGCUGCACUGCGUGGUGUGAGUAAUAACGUACCAGCACAGCAGGGGGAGGAGGUCUCCUGGCAUGUAACCUUUCUGCUGUUAAAUCUCUGCCUGAUCUGUGCAGAAAUGCCAGAAAAUGCAUGUGCUUUCCAUACUAUCACUAAAGGGGCUGUAUUCCAGGUGGGAGCAGGGGUAAUGUCCAGGGCCGAAUAUCAGUGUGAUACUCUUAUGAGUAAGACUGUAUCUGAUGUGACUUCUCACAGAGGGUUUUGGAGAACCAGGGAACAGAGCUGCUGAGAAGGGAGCAGAGUCUGUGAAAGGAUCUGACUCUCAUUUAGAUGUUUGCUUAAAAGCUGUGAGAAGAGCAGAUGAGCUGCAACCAGAUGCUAAGGUGAUGGCAACACAUUCAGGGGUGUCUUGUAUUGUUGAAAACCAUUCUACUACAAUUAAAAGCAAGUCUAGAAUAGCCUCCUGACAGUUUUUUUUAAUACAAUCUAUCUCACAAUGAAACUAUGCUAACAAAUAGUAUUGUAAAAUUAACUUCUGCUUGCUAUCACCCUUGUAAAUAAGCCUAUUUCUUAAUUCUCAUAUGAGAUGAUGAGAGAUUAAAACACAUUUAUUGCUACUGAUGCUAAUAAACUACAUGGGAAAUUGACUUCUGUCUUAAAAAAAAAAAAAGUAAGAGUUGUAGCUUUGGACACUCUGUCCAAACCAUACUAAGAAAUGUGUGUCAGCAAGAUCCGAGUUAGGGUUGUAAUGCUGCUGUCUAGUUAUAGAUCUCGAGACAAGGAAUCAAUAGGAACAAGUAAAUAAAAGUUGGUAAUGAGCCACAAAGGCCUAGUUUGUCAAUCUUCAAAAACAAUACUAUCCAGCAUGGAGACUAGAAGUACUAACUCUCCUAAUUGUAAAGUAGUAAAUUAGUCUUUUACUUAUUUUCUGCUGAUUGUUUUAUGAGCUACUUACAGCUUGGUAUCAAACUGUGAUGAUUACUGCAAUGGAAAUAACAAGGAAAUGCCAAUCAUGUGCUUGUUUACAGACAAUGACUUCCACACAAUUUAGGUAAAAUAUUCGUUUUAACCUUUUGUUUGACCUCUUGUCCUAAUUAGCUACUCUGUAUUGUCAUAAAGCUUAGGCGUUUUCUUUAACUAAUUUUAAAAUUACAAUUUUGGGUAUUCCACAAAAGGUGGAGGAAAUACUGGAGGAAAAAGUGUAAAGCUUAACUUCCUCAAAUGCAAAGAUGAGAGAUACUAAGGCUAAGGUAAAAACAGUAGUCCAAAACAUGCUGCUGCAGUAUUGCUUUCUUAGAAAUGCCAGCAUGUUGGAGCAGUUCUGUUUCAAUGUUUUGUUUGUUAGUUUUGAUUAUCUUCUUAUUAGGAAAAGCAUUUAGGAAAAGCAAAAAAAGUGUGCUUAUAAGGUCAAUCAAGAAAUUGUGAUAAUCUCAUCUGAGUAUUUUAUAUAGCCUACAUUUUUAUCAUGCACCACAUAUAGCAUUGCCCUAAUUUUGCAAAUGCCCUUUCAACCCACUGGAGUGUGGCAUGAAGUAAAGAAAAGUGUUUCUGAUUAUGAUUAAAAGAGAGUUCUUCCUUGGCCAAGUCCAAACAGCCAUAUCUGUAGUAGGUGGGUUAUGUAAAGAGAACCGGUAAUGCUGGUAUUCUACAGAAAUCUUCACAGUAGCCUGAAGUUGUAAAGAUGCUUGACUGUGUACUGAGAAUGUGAGGAAAUUAAGAAUGUUGUCCGGCCAAAAUAAUAAUUGUAGUUUUGAGUUGGUCCGUUCCUGCACAGUGCUGGCUUAUGCAGCAAAAUGACUCUUUUGCCUCAGUCUUGGCAUAAUAAUUUAUAAGAGAAAUGCUGGAGAAAAAUAGGUUGCACUCAAAUCAUCUGACUUAGUGCCUCCACUUAAAUAUUUCAUCUAAAAAUUGUUCACUCUUCACCACUAUCAAGCUCUUAUUUUCCUACAGUACGUUCUUUUGCCUGAGCAGGGAAUAGCGUUCAUCCUAAAGAAGUACUGUAAGGCUAAAGCAGAGCACAGAAGAUAAGCCAGUUAUUUGUUGGAUUGCAGAGGCUCAAUACAUAGUCUGAGAGUACUCCUGCUGCUUUCUAUUCAGAUGCACUGUUUCUCUGAACUUUUAAUACGCUGUUUUUGAUGGGCUUUGUUUGUUUCCUUGAAAAGCUAAUCAUGAUUUUUUUCCUUACUUUAUUAACGAUGCCUACAACUAAGUUCAUUAUUAGUUUUACCUUCAAGCAUGGUUGGAUUCCAAUAAUAUUAUUUCCCAUCUUGUGUCCUAAUGUUUUCAGCCUGCAUGCCUUUAAGUAGCUGAACAAUGGGAUUUAAUUGUCCUCUCACGCACAUCAGAUUCUGUUGCUUAUUUUACUUGACUCAGUCUAAAUACUCCUAGGAUCCAGUUCUCUUGAGCAGGACUAUCUGUGCUGAACUAGGUUAUGCUGCUGUGCAUCACGGUUGAGCCAGUAAUAUUGCAGGAGCAGGGCUAGGGAAUUCCAGCCUGUCACACAGGGAUUCUGUUUAACAUGAAUCAUUACUGUAAGGCUGAGGCUAAUCUCUCCAGAUUCAAUCAAUGGCCCUUAAACAGAAGCAUAAAUGUUUUUACUGUGUUUAGCAGCCUUCAGACAAAUUAUUAAUGAAUGCUAUCCUUCUUUCCUCUUUUUGUGGAGAAGGUGAACAGCUUUUAUGUAACAUUAAUGAAACAGCUGCUGGAAGAACUAACGCUUCAUAAUCCUGAUGGUUACAUUAUCACAGUGUAUUUAUGGAUAACACAUCCUAAGAACUUCAUCUCUUAACAGCUGUGUUUGUAAUUCUAAAAGGUGUUUUGGCACAUGAUGGAGUGAAGCAUAGACUUCAUAGUUUGUGAGGUUAUUUUUGUUUGUUUGAUUUUCUUCCAUUUCUUCUGAGCCUACAGUAAGUGGCGAUGCUUGUCAUGCUUGGCUUUAUCCCAGUAGAGAAUAGAAUACUCCCUCCUCACCCAUGAAAAAUCUCCAUUAAGCUUUUCUGUUCCUUGGGUUUGUUUUUGUUGUUUUUUCCCCUCCCCUUACACAUCCUUCUUUUUGCUUCUACUUCAGCAAUGUUUGACAUAAUUUGUAAAAAGUUCCUUUUCAGUAUGAGCAGCCACAUAUUCAAAAAUGCGCUCCUUGAAACAAUAAAGUUAAAAACUUGUUUGUUUAUACUAGGAAGAGAGCUAUCAUGGUUGGGGUUUUGCAUCCAUUCCUUCUCCUUACUUUCCUGCUGGGGAAGCAAACAAAAAAACCAGAUCAUUACAUCUGUUUUGAGUCAGUCUCUUCUGUCUUCUGGUUUUCCAAGAAUAACCAGAUGCUGCUAUUGGCUACCUAACUGUUGGGAGGAAAACAGUGGGGAGACUGCGCCAGUAGCACAGUCUCUUGAAAACACAGGCCCAAAUGCAUGCUCAUCAUGAGUCAUGACUGGUUGUUUGGGUGUUGUGCACUGCAGUUCCUCCUCAGCAGAGGCCCAGAAGGUUGUGAGCUCUCGCUCUUGAACCGGUUGAGUGGGGGAGGAAAUGGGGUUCAGGACAGAACCUGGGUGGGAUUCUUCUGCUAUAGCAGAGACAGUAUCUUAGCAUGCCUUCAAAGCUACUUUUCACACAAAUAUGGCUGGAGUUAGGAAAUUUAAUGAAGGAUCUUCAGCAUUAUGUCUUCAGCCCCUAUGGAUGAAUUGACAUCCCCCCCUUCUUUGCUUGGCAUUGCCCUCAAAAGUCUUUCCCAAAUCUGUUUCUUUCUACAUGGUGCAUGGCUUUGGGGAUGUACUUAAAGGAAAAGCUUCAAAACCCAGGACGUGAUGCUCACCAGCAGCCUACCAUAAAAAGAUUCGUCUAGAAGCUGAGUUGCCAUUUUCCUUGGCAAAAGCUGGAGAGAAAUCCAAACAACUGUGUUUUCUUUAAAUGCUUUGGGAACGGAAUGGUACCAGGGGUGUUUGGUAAAAUUGGGUCUUGACAGCAAAUGGAAGGACUUCAAACGUGGCGUCCUUCAAUUUUAGACAACUCAAGCGUUCGCCACGGGACGUGGUGAUCCCGAGGGCUUUUCCCAUCAUUCCGUGGUAUCGCCGUGCCUUGGUGCCACUGGCUGAGGGGGAAGAAAAGCCCUGAGUGGCUGUAGCUCUAGAAAAUGGAGGGAGUCCUAAGCCGCCAACGCAGAAGCCUCGUGAGCCGCCCCGGGGCCGAGCCAGAGAGGAAUCCCGGGUUCUGUCACGUCCGGAGAGCCCAGGGAAGUCGCCGCCAGCGGCGGGGCCCUGCGGUUGGGGUUCGGCCCCGAAGAAGCGCCGCCGUAACGGCCGCAGCGUCGCCCUCCUCCACGCCGCCAGGAGGCGCUGCGGCCACCCCGGGGGCGAGGAGGGCGGCGGGCCGGCCGCGCGCAGGCGCAGUGGUGGUUGCCCCCGCCCCCGCAGCGUUGUCCCUCCCCGGCGACAGAGAGCGGGGUAGGCGUCCCCUGCCGCAAGGGCUGCCGGUCUAUCGGCGGCGCGGGGGCGGGCGGCCGGCCCGGGGCCCGGACAUAAGAUGGCGGCGGCGUUGCUGGGGAGGCGGCGGCGGCGACGGUUGCGGUUGCGGCCGUGCGGGCUGUCGCGGAGCGCGGGCGGUGCGCGGCUCUGCCCGGGCUCCCAGGGCGGAUAGAGCGGGGCCGGCUCGGCGGAGCGGGGCCGCCAUGGGCUCCCAGGUGCUGCAGAUCCUGCGCCAGGGCGUGUGGGCGGCGCUGAGCGGCGGCUGGUACCAGGACCCGCACCAGGGCGCCGGGGUCAACGCGCUACACCUCUACCUGUGGCUCUUCCUGCUCGGCUUCCCCUUCACCCUCUACAUGGCCCUUCCUUCUUCCAUGAUGAUAGUAGCUGUGUACUGCCCAGUAAUAGCAGCGCUCUUUAUCGUUUUGAAGAUGGUGAACUACCGUUUGCACAGGGCACUGGAUGAGGGAGAAAUUGUGGAGAGGAAUGCCAAUGAGCGUAUGGACAGGGGUGCAAAAACAGAACAAAGCAGUGUUUCAGCCAAGAGGAAAGACAGCAAUGGACCCAGUGACCCUGGUGGAGGAAUUGAGAUGUCAGAGUUCAUUCGAGAAGCCACUCCCCCUGUUGGCUGUAGUUCACGCAAUUCUUAUGCUGGAAUAGAUCCAAACAACCAGGUUGGAUCUGGAUUAUCUCGUCUGGGAACAGCAGCAACAAUCAAAGGAGAUACUGACACUGCCAAGACCUCUGAUGAUAUCAGUUUAAGUCUUGGACAGAGUUCUAGCCUAUGUAAAGAAGGGAGUGAAGAACAAGAUUUGGCAACUGAUCGGAAGCUUUUUCGUCUGGUGUCAAAUGACUCGUUUGUCUCCAUCCAGCCUUCACUAUCCUCUGGACAAGAUUUGCCACGAGACAACAGUGAUAAAUUGUGCCUCUCGAACAAUCAGCUUGUGGACCAGUCUAAAACUAGUGCGUGUGACUCAGAAGUAGCUUCGCUUAUAACUCUGCAUUCUCACUCCUAUAGAAAGGAUCACAGACCACGAGGUGUACCAAGGACUUCUAGCUCUGCUGUUGCUUUUCCAGAUGCUUCACUGAAUGACUUCCCUCUUUAUCAACAAAGACGAGGACUAGAUACUGUCAGUGAGUUAGAAGCUUCUAAGCCCCCUUCUGGAUCCAGAGAGUCCUUGGCUGAGAACUCUUGCAUUUCGGGAGUUUUUCAGUUGGAUGACAUUCUGAAAAGUAGCAGCCCUCAACCACUGGCUAAGAGUGGGAAGAGCAAAUCCUUGAAAGCAGACAAAAGUGUGGACAGUCUGAGAAGCCUGAGUACUAGAAGCAGUGGUUCAACAGAAAGCUACUGCAGUGGAACUGAUCGUGACACUAACAGUACCAUCAGUAGCUAUAAAAGUGAACAUACCAGCUCUACACAUAUAGAAAGUGUGCUGUCAGAGCAUGAGGAGGAGUCUCCUAGAGAAGAGAAAAAGGAUGGUAAGAAAAAAGACUGUGGUGUUGACUCAGAGGAUGACAGUAGUUCUACUACUGACAAAAGGACUAGUAGUGAAAGGACUGCUGUGGAAGCGACCUCUAUUAGUGGUGUUCAAGAGCUAAAGGGUUCUAAUGCAUCCAAUGAGAUGCACAGUCAGAAGGGUCUUAGUGCCUCUGCUUCGGAAGAGGCCAAUAAGAACCCACAUGCCAAUGAACUGACUACGCAAGCUGACAGGCCACCUGGGAAGGCUGCUGAACAAAGAGAUGAGCAGAGUGAGAAACUAGUUCUGUUAUUAGACUCAAGAGCUUCUAAAGAAACUAGUGGAAAACAAAAAGAAGGAGAUGUUCGACCCAAAUCUUCUAGCUUAAUACAUCGAACAGCCUCUACCCACAAGUCCAGCCGGAGACGGACAGGAAAAAAGCGGGCUAGUAGUUUUGAUUCAAGUCGGCACAGGGAAUAUGUUUCCUUCCGAGGUGUAUCUGGUACUAAACCCCACAGUGCCGUGUUUUGUCAUGAUGAGGACUCCAGUGAUCAAAGUGACUUAAGCAGGACGUCAAGUAUGCAGUCAGCUCAUCAGUUCAGCAGUGAUAGCUCUUCCAGCACCACAUCCCAUUCAUGCCAGUCUCCUGAGGGAAAGUACAGUGCUCUAAAGACCAAAUAUGUUUCUAAAGAACGUGGGGGCGCAGACUCUGAAAAUAUUCAUAAAACCCACGUGAGCUCUGAAGGAAUUAGCAAAAAACGAUCUACACGUCGGACUUCUAGCACAAACAGUGCCAAGAAUCGUGCCAGAGUACUAAGCCUGGACAGUGGUACUGUAGCUUGCUUAAAUGAUCCAAAUAGUUUAAUGACACCAGGUAACAUAAAACAGUUAACCACUUCAAAAUCUGAUUUGGAAGCCAAAGAGGGAGAGGUGCUAGAUGAGCUAUCUCUGCUGGGAAGGGCUUCACAUUUAGAGUCAGUCACUCGUUCUAGGAAUAGCUUACCAAGCCAGGCUACGUUUCCUGAAGGGGAAGAGCAAGAAUCAGCAAGUGGAGCAGCACAAGCCAGCGAGGAGACUGUCACAUUUCGACGUGAACGCAGCACAUUUAGGCGUCAGGCAGUACGACGCCGGCACAAUGCAGGGAGUAACCCUACCCCUCCUACAUUGCUCAUCGGAUCACCCCUCAGCCUUCAAGAUGGUCAGCAAGGCCAGCAGUCCUCCUCCCAGGCCAAAGUGCAGUCCCGCUCCCCCUCCCAGGCAGCUGUGCUCAGCGCUAGCACCUCCUUGCUGGUGAGAAAUGGGAGUGUCCACUUAGAAGCAUCACAUGCCACUGCAUCUGCUGUAGGCGGUAGCAGUUUGCACGAUGGACUUGGUAAGUUCAGUUCUACGCUCUACGAGACAGGGGGCUGCGACAUGUCACUUGUGAACUUUGAGCCAGCUGCAAGAAGAGCAUCUAACAUCUGUGACACGGACUCUCACGUAUCGAGUUCUACCUCAGUUCACUUUUACCCACAUGAUCUACUUUCUCUUCCCCAGAUCAGGUUGAACAGGCUGCUAACCAUAGAUACAGAUCUACUGGAGCAGCAAGAUAUUGACCUGAGCCCUGACCUUCAGGACCACUUGCAACCUCAAGAGGAAGCAGCUCAAAAAGUGAAGCAGUACUAUCGUUUUUGGAUACUGCCUAAACUUUGGAUUAGCAUAAAUUUUGAUAGAUUAACUCUUCUGGCUUUAUUUGAUAGGAAUCGUGAGAUCCUUGAAAACGUGUUAGCUGUCAUCCUAGCAAUUCUAGUUGCAUUUCUGGGCUCUGUACUACUUAUUGAGGGCUUUUUCAAGGAUAUCUGGGUCUUCCAGUUCUGCCUGGUUAUAGCCAGUUGUCAGUACUCACUGUUGAAGAGCGUUCAACCAGAUUCUUCUUCCCCUCGACAUGGUCAUAAUCGUAUCAUAGCCUAUAGUAGGCCUGUAUAUUUCUGUUUAUGUUGUGGUCUUAUUUGGCUGUUGGAUUAUGGCAGCAGAAACAUAUCUACAACGAGAUUCAAGUUGUAUGGAAUGGCUUUCACCAACCCAUUGCUGCUGCUGUCAGCCAGGGACUUAGUUAUAGUGUUUACACUAUGCUUCCCCAUAGUAUUCUUCAUUGGUCUCCUGCCUCAGGUGAAUACAUUUGUGAUGUAUCUCUGUGAACAGCUGGAUAUUCAUGUCUUUGGUGGCAAUGCUACCACAAGCCUGCUUGCAGCACUUUACAGUUUCAUCUGUAGUAUUGUGGCAGUAGCGUUGUUGUAUGGACUGUGCUAUGGUGCCCUGAAGGAUUCUUGGGAUGGGCAGCAUAUUCCAGUUCUCUUCUCCAUAUUUUGUGGUUUGUUAGUGGCAAUGUCAUAUCAUCUCAGCAGACAAAGUAGUGACCCUUCUGUGCUUUUCUCUUUAGUGCAAUCAAAAUUUUUUCCUAAUUCUGAAGACAAAAACCCCGAGGAUCCUCUGUCUGAAGUGAAAGAUCCUCUACCUGAAAAGCUUAGAAAUUCUGUGAGUGAACGAUUGCAGUCUGACCUGAUUGUGUGUAUAGUCAUUGGUGUACUCUAUUUUGCAAUUCACGUCAGUACAGUAUUUACAGUUUUACAGCCUAUUUUAAGUUAUGUUCUCUAUGCAUUGGUGGGUACGGUAGGCUUUGUGACCCAUUAUGUUCUGCCUCAACUCCGAAAGCAACUUCCUUGGCAUUGCUUUUCUCACCCGCUGCUGAAAACCAAGGAAUACUAUCAGUUUGAAGUCCGAAAUGCUGCACAUGUUAUGUGGUUUGAGAAGCUUCACAUUUGGCUCCUUUUUAUAGAGAAGAAUAUUAUCUAUCCAUUGAUAGUCCUCAAUGAGCUUAGUAGCAGUGCUAAGAGUAUUGCUAGUCCAAAGAAACUGGAUACUGAGUUGGGUGCUUUAAUGAUCACAAUAGCUGGCUUGAAGUUACUGCGUUCAUCAUUCAGUAGCCCAACGUGCCAGUACGUCACUGUCAUUUUCACAGUGCUCUUCUUUACUUUUGAUUACAAAAGUUUUACUGAGACCAUGCUGCUAGAUCUCUUCUUCAUGUCCAUACUCUUCAGCAAGCUUUGGGAACUCUUUUAUAAGUUGAGAUUUGUAUAUACCUACAUUGCUCCCUGGCAGAUAACAUGGGGAUCUGCCUUCCAUGCUUUUGCCCAGCCUUUUGCUGUGCCACAUUCUGCAAUGUUAUUUGUCCAAGCAGCUGUGUCAGCAUUCUUCUCUACUCCACUGAAUCCUUUCCUGGGAAGUGCAAUAUUUAUCACUUCUUAUGCCAGACCUGUCAAAUUCUGGGAAAGAGACUACAACACAAAGCGUGUGGAUCAUUCAAAUACAAGAUUGGCUUCGCAGCUUGAUCGAAAUCCAGGUUCAGAUGAUAACAAUCUGAAUUCAAUCUUCUAUGAACAUUUAACCCGUUCCCUUCAGCACAGCCUAUGUGGAGAUUUGUUGUUGGGUCGAUGGGGAAACUACAGUACUGGGGACUGCUUCAUUCUUGCCUCUGACUACCUCAAUGCACUAGUACACCUUAUAGAGAUAGGAAAUGGCUUGGUCACCUUCCAGCUGAGAGGGCUUGAAUUCAGAGGAACUUAUUGUCAGCAAAGAGAAGUAGAGGCCAUCACUGAAGGCGUAGAGGAAGAUGAAGGUUUCUGUUGCUGUGAACCUGGUCACCUUCCUCACAUGCUUUCCUUUAAUGCUGCAUUUGGGCAGCGUUGGCUGGCUUGGGAAGUGCUUGUGACAAAGUAUGUUCUGGAGGGUUAUAGUAUCACAGACAACAGCGCGGCAUCCAUGCUGCAAGUCUUUGAUCUCCGGAAAAUUCUCACCACUUACUAUGUGAAGGGAAUCAUCUAUUAUGUUACAACUUCACCCAAGUUAGAGGAGUGGUUAGCAAAUGAGACAAUGCAGGAAGGACUGCGGUUGUGCACAGACCGCAAUUAUGUUGAUGUAGACCCAACAUUUAACCCCAAUAUUGAUGAAGAUUAUGACCACCGUCUAGCAGGAAUCUCAAGAGAGAGUUUCUGUAUGAUUUAUUUGAACUGGAUAGAAUAUUGCUGCUCUCGAAGAGAAAAGCCACUGGAUUCAAGUAAAGACUCACCCCUGGUUACACUGUGUUAUGGGCUUUGUGUUCUGGGGCGGAGAGCAUUGGGAACAGCUUCGCAUCAUAUGUCUAGUAAUCUGGAAUCCUUCUUGUAUGGCUUGCAUGCCCUUUUUAAGGGCGACUUCCGUAUCUCUUCAAUUAGGGAUGAAUGGAUCUUUGCUGACAUGGAAUUGCUGAGGAAAGUAGUGGUUCCUGGAAUACGAAUGUCACUUAAACUACAUCAGGAUCACUUCACUUCUCCAGAUGAAUACGAUGAUCCUUCUGUUCUCUAUGAAGCCAUAACAACCCAUGAAGAAAAUCUAGUUAUAGCACAUGAAGGGGACCCUGCCUGGCGGAGUGCUGUUCUUUCCAAUUCUCCCUCCCUCCUUGCUCUGCGUCACGUGAUGGAUGAUGGUACCAACGAAUACAAAAUUAUUAUGCUGAAUAAGCGCUAUCUCAGUUUCAGGGUCAUUAAGGUGAAUAAGGAGUGUGUGCGUGGCCUGUGGGCAGGACAACAACAGGAGCUUGUCUUCCUGCGUAAUCGCAAUCCAGAAAGGGGAAGUAUCCAAAAUGCAAAACAAGCUCUGAGGAACAUGAUCAACUCCUCUUGUGACCAGCCAAUUGGUUAUCCAAUCUAUGUCUCACCUUUGACUACAUCCUAUUCAGAUAGUCAUGAACAGCUUAAGGAGAUUCUUGGAGGAGCUAUCAGCUUAGGAAAUAUCAGAAACUUCAUAGUGUCUACAUGGCACAGACUAAGGAAAGGUUGUGGAGCUGGCUGUAACAGUGGUGGAAAUAUUGAAGAUUCUGAUGCUGGAGGUGGGGCUUCUUGCACAAGUAACAAUGCCACUAUCAAUGAGUCGCAGAGCAGCAUGUCGCAAGGAGGAGUGAAUGCACCUACAGGGCAGGGACCUGGAGCAGUACAGCACCCUCCUGUGGCACCUCAUCCCGGGGCUCAUCCCACUGCUCUUCCUGCAGCUCAUCCACCAACCCAUCCAUCCACUCUGGGCACCAGUCACAGCUCUCACUCUGUGCAGUCGAGCCUUGUCAGACAUUCCCCUGCCCGUGCCUCAGUAGCUAGCCAUUCAUCUUAUUGCUACGGCAGUCGUCAUUCAUCUCUUCGCACAUCCACAACAGGCUUUGUGCCUUGUCGGCGCUCUUCCACCAGUCAGAUAUCCCUUCGUAACCUCCCAUCAUCCAUCCAGUCCCGCCUAUCUAUGGUGAACCAAAUGGAACCUACUGGCCAGUCUGGAGUCAGCAUGCAGCAUGGUCUGCCCUCUUCCAGCAGCUCCAGCCAAAGCAUCCCAGCCUGUAAACAACAUGCCCUUGUGGGCUUUCUAGGGACAGAAGGAGGGAGUAAUGCAGCUGAAACUCAGUCAGCUGGUAAUGCAAGCCCUGCAAAUCAAAUGCAAGCCAAAAAGGAUGACGUUAUUUACAGAAUCCAGUUAAUGGAUCCCAGUCAAGUACUGGAAGGGAUCAACGUGUCAAAAAGGAAAGAGCUGCAGUGGCCAGAUGAGGUGAUACGGCUAAAAGCUGGAAGAAACAGCUGGAAAGACUGGAGUCCUCAGGAAGGCAUGGAAGGCCAUGUGAUUCACCGCUGGGUGCCUUGCAGCAGAGAUCCAAGUAGUCGGUCCCACAUAGAUAAGACCAUCCUGCUGGUUCAAAUUGAAGAUAAAUACGUUGCUGUUGUUGAAACUGGAGUCCUUGAACUUGGGGCUGAAGUGUAAAUCUCUGAGACUUAAACUUCCCCUUCUCCAACGAUUCAGAAAAGAGAAGGGUCCAGAAGCAGCAGCUCCAGGACAUAAAACUUUGGUCCAGUUGUAGGAGAGGACUUGAAACACAGAUUUGUCUAAGUCCUUUUCCCCAAAUAAACAAAUGUAAGAAAUUUUUAAGUUGUUAGCUGCUGAAGAAACAUUUGCAUGAAGGAUAGAUUUGUUGAGACAUAUCUUUUUGUUUAUAAAUUUUGUUUAUGCAUUGUGUAAUGCUUUAAAUCAACAAACGUUUCAGUUCUAAGAUCAGAGCACCUCAUAUUUUUCUAAUUGUUUUUGCCAAAAAUUGCCAUGUCUUGUCACCGAGUGUGUGGAAUUCAUCCACUUUAUUUUAAAGAAAUUGACUACAAACAUUCAGUUUGGUGAAACACAGUGUGAAGGUUUCAGGAGUGGCAAGAAGAGACUGAACAGAUGUAUAGAUUCUUAUUCCUUAUGAGCUAAAACAUUAAUGAGAACUGCACUAAUUUUUUACAGCAAUGCACUAAAAACAACCCUGAGAUUGCUGAGAACAUUUAUUUAUAUAUAUAAAUAUAAGUAUAUAAAAUACCAUUAUUUAAAUUGCCUUUGGGAUUAAUCCCCUCCCUCUCCAUAUACAUGUUGAUGGUAAGGGCUGUGCCAUGGGUUUGGUUCUAUGUUCUGUAUUUCGUACAAGUGCAUUUGCUGCAUCCUCUUCACAAUAAAUGGUAAAAUAAGAAAUACCUAGACAUGUACCUGAGUAUCCCUGUACUACAUCAGAAUCUAUUGUGGCAGUGGUACCUCAAAUCUAUACAACACAUCCAGCUUUAAAAGUGGACCCCAGUACACUAUCUUUCAUCUGUCCUCCCUUAGCUAGCUUAAGCUACCUUGCUUCUUUAUGCCCAGAACUGACUAUGUUGUUUCAUUGCCUCUUCUCUGGCAGAGAGUUGAGUUCUGUAGGGGAGAUACUUGAAGGUUUUUUUUUUUUACUCUAUCCAAUUAAAAAAAAAAUUAAAAAAAAAAUUAAAAAAACAAAAAACAAAAAACUUUUAAAAGGCUUUUAUAGAAGGCACAGCCCUAAACUUGUAUCACUUCUUCUGCCACCUUGCCUUUUCUUUCCCUUUAGUCUUCAUUCUUUUCUAUGACUUGAAUUUUAUUUUCUGUGAUUAUACAUUCUAUGUAAGUGUAAUUUGAGUAUUUAUAACUGUGAAGUUGAAUUAUUCAUGUGUUACAUAUCCUAGGUUUUAUUGUAUUUUUUUUAAAUGUGUGUAUUCAGGGAAACAAGUAACUCAGAACUACCGUGGGAGUGUGAGAGGGAAACUGGUUUGGUUUUGACUUGCAGUUCCUAUGACUCCUCUUAAUCCAUAAGAAAAAAAUGUACCUAUUGCGAUUGUUUCCUGUUUCUGAUCUGUAAUUAUGUAGGAUUCUGUGCAGUAUCUGCACACAGUCCUAGCUUUUGGGAGCAGCCAUCUUCUUCCCAGUCACCUCCGCUUCUUUCUAGAUAACGUAAUCGGGAGAGACUUCCGAUGUACCACAGAGGUGGUUGCAAUUAUUUCUCAGAGAAACCCUGUGCAUUAUGUACCUAGUGGGAGUGAAGCUAUGGGAUGAGGGAGAAAAAAAAACAGCAAGAAAUGUCUACUUAAAAAUUCUUGGUGUUCUGACUCAACUCACUGUAUGCUUGCUAGCUACAGAAGGGCAGUUCUGUGUGCCUGGUAGCUAGACAGUUGUUAAAACUCCCCAGUGAAUUACACUGGGGCCUUGCUUACAUUCAUACACUAUGCAAAUUGUGCUCCAAGUACUGUGCAUUCUACAGAUGCAUGUUACUGGUGGCUGUAUGCACGUGCAGUUGAUCUUGGUAGAAAUGCACAGUUCUGGAUCUGCCACCAUUGACAUAGUCUUGCUGUUCCACGUAGCUCAUCGUAUGUGCGCGCUGUAAUAUAGUUAAAUUCAUCCGCUGUGUAUCAGGAGGUGUAGUACAGCACAUGAACCUUGGUCAGUAGUCUGGUAAUUUUGCUGUCAGGAAUGAAGAAAAUUUGUAUAUUUUAGAUUGAAGAUGUUUUGGUUAAGGUUUUAUUCUGUGUUUCCCCAUAGGUGGAUUACAGGGUUUCCUGUAUGACUAAGAAUAUUGCUUCAUCAAGAUUCUUUAGGAAGAAAUAGGCCCAAAUUGGAUCAUUGUUCUAGAAAGUCGUUUGGUGUUUUUUCCCCUGUACUAGAGCCUUAAGGUAAACAAAUGGCUGAAAAGCAAAAUACACCAGGGCUUUUUGUGGUGGUUGUUGUGGUGUUUUUGCUUUUAAAUCAAUUGAGGUAACUUUCAGGAAGUUAACCUUGACUCUGAACAAUCUAUACCAUUGUCUUCAAUGCAAGAUAACAGCAGCGUCCACUGCUGCUGAUAAAUGUGAAAGGAAUUAAUGACUUGUUAACAUAAAAAUUCUAGUGAAUAUGUGACUGGAAUUAAAUUAGCAAACAGCAGAUGGGGGAAAAAGAAAGGCUUUUUCCUAAGGGAUAAAGAGAGUCGAUGGAUCUUUUUUUUUUUUUUUUUUUAUCUUAAGACUCAGUGUCUUGCCUGCGGGAGAUGGAUCUUAAUGUGGCUGGAUUGCAGGUUGAUAGCUUCUUUCAGAGAUACUCAGCAAAUGCCUGCUGUGCAACCAUUGACAGAGCACUCCCACAUGGUAGAGGUCUGCUCAACACAAGUAAGGCUUUGGAAAAUUAGUAUCUUUUCCUUCAGUUUUCCUGCAUUCCAAGCGGUAAAGAUUGAUACAUGACUGUAUCUUGGCUCCACUGUGAGUGUGACAAAACAUUUGUUCUAACUCCCCCCAGGAUAGAUCUGUCCAUGGGAUGGAAACUUUUUGUUCUUGUUGUUCUGUUCUCUGUGAUUUCCAUCUUGAUGUAUUUUUUUCCUGUUACGGGUGUAGAAAGGAUGAUGACUUUCCAGGUAGUCCUGUCAGUCCAGAUCGAGUUCAGCAUAGAACAGGAUUGUUUCUUCAGAGCUUUCAUGAGAACCUAUAGAUGAGUGCAUGAACUCUGGCCACUUCUCAUUGUGUGAUAUGUUCUGUCACCAUAAGAAGAUUCCAGUUAAGUCCUAUGUUUAGAUGUGCAUUUAUCCAAAAGCUAUUUUUUGUUUCUCUCUUUUCUCUGAAGGUGAUAUCUAUGUAUAUGUACGUAAAUACAUACGUAUUUACUGCUUCCCAUGACAAAUAUUUAAUGUCUGGGAAGCGCUUAAAAGCUCCCCCGAUUGGAUUGUGUCCAUCAGUAAACAGGCUGAUAUUUAAUUUUAAGUCUUUAUGCAUUUUUUCAGCCUGUGAAUUCUUUUGAAAAUGGUCUGAAUUAAAAAGAAACAAAAAAAGGUAUGUGACACCAGUGAUACCUAUAAUUGUGCCACUUACUCUGUACAAUAAUUGUGAUGAAUGCUCAGGGGCUCUCUCUUGUGGUACAACAUUUCUGAAAUUGUUUCAGAGUUGGCAGGAGAACAAGGGCCGAGAUUUGGUUUUUGUUUUAGGCUCCAUCGAGGUUCCUGGAGCCAAUUUGCUGGAAGGCGGGACGUGUUCCUGAGUGUUGACCUCAGUUUUCCCACCCAUUAUGUAGUUCAUCCCCCCUCCUUCCUUACCUCCUUACCACCACCCUCAUAACCCUGACAGGAGCAGAACAGCUCUUCUGAUCGGCCUAGGUGACUGGUGAGCAGCGAGAUGGAAACUCACAGCACAGCUCCAUGGCCUUGGCUGUCUGACAGGUGGCCACGGAGCUUUGUUUAGCACAGGGUGAGGGGGAGAAGGGGACAUCUUACAAUCAGAGUUUCAGAGUUUUUCUCUGACGAUACACAUGGCACCACACAACCUAGGAGUGUAGAUAGAAGAACACUGCUUGGACGAUCUUUCUCAGUUACAGGACUCUCCAUUCACAAAAUGGAGCAGGAUAGAUUGCUUUUCUUACAAUUAAUAUUAUUCAGAUAUUAUUCUACCUAUAUUGGAUUUGGGGUUAUACCACCACAGGUUUUAUGUACUUAUUUUUAUUAAGGAAUUUUAUACCUAUUAUAUAGGCAUCUAUUCUUUUGUUGUCUGGCUUAGUCUUUGAUAACCUAAAGCAGUACAUUUACUGAGGCUGGACGCUUUCAGAAACUAAACUGGUCAUUACUGGUGCCUUAGUAAAAAUGUGGGUCCAUAACACCUUGGUGGAAAGUGAAGCAUGUGGCUUGUUCACCCCAGCAUGAUAUACAUAUUUCCCAGAAGGUGAUUAAGAUGGCUGCUCCAAAAGAGUUCAGGAGUGCACGUACAUGACUCACAGUUCACAAGCACCCGAAUAGGAGCAGUUUUUGACUUCUGCUGUGUACAGUUUGAAUAGAGAACCCCAGCCCACGACCCUGGACAAUGGCAAUGAGUAGCUGGGUACUUCUUACAUAAAGAUUCCCCCAGAAAAAGCUUGGCCUCGAGCUGCUGAAUGGAGAGAGAGGAGAAGAGGUGCACGGGAGGAGGAGGAGGGCUUGUAAUGGACAAUGACAAUAUAUAUUGCCUCUACCAGCAACCAGCUACCUUGCCAGGCAUAGGGAUAUAUGUACCUGCGUGUCUGUGAGUGUGUAUGUGUCUGCGUGUGUUACUGGAAACGGCCUGUAAAUAUUGUAGCUGUUGAAAAUGGAAAAGGCAGAGUUUUUUUGCAACCUGGUGCAGCAAAAGGACAGUAUUGACAGUGGAGAAACACUGAGAAAUAAAAAACUUUUUUCACGUGUUGUCAUUUAUUGCACUGUUACGAUCGGCCCAGGUGUGACCCGCAGGUCCCCUGGGGGCCCCCUGUGCUGCGGGCGUCUCUUCCACCGCGCUCUUACGGCGCUGUAGGCACUGAAAGGAGAAUCGUUUUCGGGUAUUCCUUUUCUGCGGCACCACUCCCGUUCUUACGCCUUCCCGUGAGCAGAGUGCCAUCUGCCCCCUCGCUACCGUUCAACAAAGAUGAGAAAAACUUCUUAGGUACGGCUUCUGCGUUCCCCAUGCUUUCCCGUCUCUUUUUUCAUAUCCUGUCACGCCGAUAUCCCGUCCUUACGCUCGG